AUGAAGGUCGCUCUCGUUAUAUCAAUCUUUAUUGCUAGCUGCAUUGCUAGUCCCCUGGACCCAGCUAAAACACCUACGUCACCACCUGGGGCCGAGCACACCCUUAACUACGUCGACAUCACUCCCACGGGGCCUGAAUUCGGCAACGUCAAUGGUUCAUCAGCCUUGAUCUCUCGAGACACGCUUCCCCAUACCGCCUGUCCAGCCGGCCAGACAUAUGACCGCUCCGUUUGCUACAAUUCCCACACAAUUCGUAGCUUUUGCGUUGCGAACCCCCGGAGUAACCGGGAACAGAUUACCGACACUCCUUGCAACUCAGGCGAGGUAUGCGUACAGCGCCGGCUUAGCUCCGGAAAAAGCUAUGCCAAAUGCCUUCCUGUCCGCGACCUUGUCUCGUGGAGAACUGACCCGGAUGGUGAUAAAGAAGGCUGCACUACAGUCGAAGCCAAUCCUAUAGGCUAUCAUAGUUUAGCUACUAUGAUAUAUGAUAUCAACAACAACCCUAUUCAAGUUGAUAAGAUCAGGUACCUUGGAGAGCCUGGCGAUGCCAAUGAAGGUAUUGGAGGAUCAGUGUCAAACUUUAGUAGUGACCGAUUCAGGUUCACGGGAUCUAACUAUAUGAAAGGCUCCAAUCUCGUUAAAAGAUCUCGUCUGACCGAGUCUGUUUGUGUACAUGCUGGCGCUGCUACUGGCGCAAAUCUCCACUGGCUUAGUGCAAUAUGCACUGGUAAAUCGACAUAUACUGUUAACUGCGUGCCUGCGGGUAAUAAAAAUGCUGGAUCGACACACACCGGAACAUGUCCCGCAGGUCAGGAUUGCUUCCAGUUGGAGCAAGUUGGCAACUUUUGGGGUGAUAGGGAACCUGACGUUACUUGCUCUUCGUCUAACACUGUUUUUGAUGCGACAGAUGACAAGGAGGCAACGCAUGUAAAUGGAAAAGUUGUCACGCGUGCAGGAAAGCCAGAAAUAGGACCAAGGCUCAUUCGACUCAAGGCCCAAGUCUAUGACAGAGACAGGCAUUAUGGACAAACUUCAAGAAUGGGCUUUUUCCGUAAUGGUGUGGAGGUAUACGGCAUUAAUGAUGUGGCAAGCAUGGGACCGACAUGGAACUUUGACCCUUCCAGCGACCGGAGCUUUAGCUUCUUCUUCACUCCGGGGCCUAAUGCAUUUCGCAUUCAAGGUACAGUUAACUUAGCUUAG